GAUCAGUGCCCUCCGACUUCCGGCUUCGCUGCAUUCCGGGUCACGAGUAAAGUCGCACCACCCGGCGGCAGCAGCGGCGGAGAGUAACCUGGAAUUACAUCUGUGGCCGGUCGACCGUCGGACUCUAUGAUUUUAACGGCAGCGACGACAUUUAUCUGGACGUGCGUCGUGAACCAUGGAGGACCCCAACAGACCCCAGAGGAAGAUGUCCACGGCGGGAGACAGCCUGUACAAGGUCCUGGGCCUGGAGAAAGGAGCCUCCCCCGAUGAAAUCAAGAGGGCCUACAGGAAGCUGGCGUUGAGGCAUCACCCUGACAAGAACCCAGACAACCCCGAAGCUGCGGAGAAGUUCAAGGAGAUCAACAACGCCAACGCCACCCUCAGCGACGAGAACAAGCGGAGGAUCUACGACGAGUACGGCUCCAUGGGUCUCUACGUGGCCGAGCAGUUCGGCGAGGAGAGCGUCAAAUAUUAUUUCCUCAUGUCCAAAUGCUGGUUCAAGGCCUUCGUGGUGUGCUGCACACUCUUCACCUGCUGCUGCUGUUUCUGCUGCUGCUGCUUCUGCUGCGGGAAGUGCAAAACGGCGGAAGACGGAGAGAACUUUGAGUACGUGGACCCCGAAGACCUGGAGGCGGAGCUUAGGGAGCAGGAAGCAGCACGAAACCACGUAAUAGUAAUUCAGCCGAGCUCCAGUGAAACCGCAGGUGAAGACCGAUCGUUCUCUCCAGGUGAAGACGUGCCGAUCGUGAUUCAGCCUCACGGAGCGAACGGCACCUCGAGUCCCGGAACGACGCCCAUCGCUCUGCCGGCUGGAGACGGAGCGGUGGAGAAUAACUGAGGGCGGAGACGAGGCCCGGCGCUCCUCGGAGCCUCCGGUUCUGGACUUGAUCACGAAACCAGGUUCUCCCUCCGCACCCGGGGACCCGGGGAACCGGGCGCACGGCGACCUCUGCGCGUUGAUCGGAUUCCUCUGAGGCUCAUUUGUUUACGCGGAUCAAGCAGUGAUUUUGAAAUUGCCUUGAUAAUGUUGUGUGCCAAAGGUUUAUCUUUGACGGAAUAUCAUAUUUAUUUUUUAAACCUUUUUUUUUUGUGUCACCGAGUGGAAAAGCCAAUCGAGGCCGCCGAGCUCCGAGAUCAUUGUCCUCCUCGUGAGAUCCAACCGUAACGAUCUGAGAUCGUGUUUCGCCGGGCGAUUGGACCCGAGUCUCACUAUGCACAGACGCACCGCAGUACCAGUCCCGACCACAGGGGGCAGCAGAGUCUAACAUGACGGAGGGGUGUUAACGGCCCCCGUGUGGUCAGAAGUGGCGUUGCUGGAUAGUGAAAUGAUUUCAAGAUGCAUAAAACGGGAUCGACGUCUCGGCUGCUGCUCGUUAGUCCGUCUGAGAGAGAUUUUUGGGAAAAAUGUGCGUAUUUUUGUUUUAUUUUUAAUCCCGUUCUGAGAGGACGUUGCCAAAACCGCCACGUUCACCGUAUGCAGUCGUGUCUCCGUCAGCCGUAAAUCCAGGCUGCGAAACCGCAGGGUUGAUUUGGUUCGACACUUUAGCUCGUUUUUUUUUUUUUUUUUAAUUUGCAAAAGUUUCUGAGUCUUUUUUUUAAAUUUCCUCUGUUAGUCUUUAACGCGGAAAUGUCGCUGUCGGGUUAAACGAGUAAAACAUCCUCAACCUUUUCCUGCACGUGUCACUGUUAACUCUUCAGCCGCGACGUGACUCGUGGUUUUUUUUUUGUUAUUUUGUUUACGCUGCUGGGAUCUACAAACAUCGAGAGCUUCUUUUAACAUUUAAUUUUUAUUAUUUUUCUCUCUCUGUGGUGUUAAUUAUUUAAAUUCUGAGCUGUGUUUUUUUGAUUUGGAGGUUUUAUUAAUGUGUAUUGAGACAAACAAGACUUAAAUUAUGCCAUUCACCAUCAUUCUCGUGUUUAUAAUAUAUAUAUUUUUGUAUUAUUUUGCUUCACUUGGGUGCACUUUGUACAAUCAUGGUUUACUCUAAAUUGUGCUGUUUUUAUCGACGACUCGACGAGUGCGUCGAUAUAAAAUCUGUGCCAGAAAAUCAUACUUGAGAGACCUCAAAAAAAGAGCCAGAAAACCUUCAAGUAGGAUUUGUUUUUCUUUGUUUUUGAGGGCGUUUGGUCAUCAACAUUCCCCCUUUUUCCCUUAUUCUUUCCAUUUUUACAUGUUUUCCUAAUUGUUUGUGUAAAAUGAAAAGCACCGUAAAUGUUUCUAUGCUGAAAUAAACGUGCUGGAUGCAUCAUGA